GGCCCUCUUCACCCAAUGGACAUUCUCUUCUCUCUACAGGCCAGAAACAUCGAACUCUUCCUGCCGGGCAUGAUGAAGAUCCUGCAAGCUGGCAGCGAAGAUGCCCAGAUGAAGAUCCUGCUGGCCUUGCAAAACGUUCUGCGUCAGCUGAAGAAGAGCAAGGCCAGCUUCAUCGCUGUGCAGCUUGUGGGGAGGCUCCUGCCCCUCUUUGACUCGGAGUGCAGCGAGCUGCGAGAGCUGUCCAUCCGCAUGCUCACGGAGCUGCUGCAGUUGGUGGUCGGCAGGGAUGAGAAGAGGAUGAGGAAGGAGGUGUGGCGGGCACUGGUGCCUCUCCUCUUCCGCAUGAGCGACCAGGUCCCCAGCGUGGCCAAGGCCUCCAGGGAAGCCCUUCUUGCUGCCGCAGAGCUGCUGAAGUGGAAGACGCUCAAGCACCUGCUGCAGAGAGAGCGGCUGUGGGAGCUUGGAGCGUGCUUGGUAAGGACAAACUGA